AGGAGGAAAAUUAUUUGGCGAGCGCUCGGGACCUUAAGCGCUAGUUUGUGGUGGUGACGUCUUGGACUGCCACUCAAACUGCGUCUUCGAUCGAGGAUUGUACACAUCUCUUGCUUUCUCAUCUGUUUCGAGCCGCCGGCCCUCUCUUCUCUUUUUCACUAUAGUCGAGGAUCAGAAAUCGAUUGUGGUACAAUAUGCUUUGGUUUUUGCUAUUAGAUCCGUGAUUGGACUCGAUUCGAUAAGAAAAUUUGGGUGUUUAGGGUUUAUAUAGGUGUCGAAUCAGGGGUUUUGAAUUGGGAUUAGGGUUUUACACUCUUGACGUGUUUUUUUUGUGAUAACAUGGCGGCUGGGAGAUAUGGGGGUUAUCGAGGUAACGAGUUUCGGAGACGCGAGUCUGAUAUUGAAUAUUCUAGGAGGAAUUUUGCUUAUUCAAAGGAGGAGUAUCAUCAGAUUGGGAAUGGUAAUCAUGAAAACAAAAUGAGAAACCAGGGUAGAAUUAGGCAGAGGGGGAUUAAGGACAGAGAAGUGAUUGGUGGUGGGUAUCGGUCCUCUUCUACUAAGAGUGAUUCAGGCAGCGAUGGUGGUACACGUGGACCCAGGAGAUGUGAGUUCACUGCCAGGACCAUGGAUCGGGAGCCAGGUGAGUUGUCUAGUGAUAGUGGAUCCGAUAAUGCAGUUGAAUCUGAAUCACAGGUGAAUAAAGAUAUUGAAGUUUCAAAGGGAGCGCAGAAUGGGAGUCAGACUCCUCUGGGGAAGAAGAGGAAGUUUUCUCCUAUAAUGUGGAAUAGGGAUGACAGAAAAGUGAUUAUUUCUUCAAAAAGUAGGAUUUCGCCGGCAGUGAUUACUCUUACUCCUCCACCAACCCUCCCUAGGGCAUACAGCCAAUCACCUAAUAUUGUUCGAGAUGGGGGAGGUGUAGAGAUAUCUCCUAUUAAGGGUAGUGAAGGCCUGAGUUUGAAGUCUUCUCCAGUCAAGGAUCCAGUGGCUGAACGGCCAGCUAGGUAUUCUGUAUCUGAGUCUCCAGUAAAGAAGGCAGCUUUGCCUCAAGAGUUGUGUAAUGAUAAUGAAGCUGAGCUGUUAGAAGAUGCUGAUUAUGUACCAACACGAAAUAUAUUAUCUUCUAGAUGGGCUGCUGGGAACAAUUCUCCUGUUGAUGAAGGUGAAAUUGUAGAAGAUCUGGAAAUGCCUGAGAGGAGGAAGAAGAUGCCUCAUUCGGAGUCCUUGGAUUUCAGAGCACGCAACAGUUCAUUGACUCCUGACCUUGGAGACCUUAAGGGAGAUGAUUCAGAUGGGGUUAGGAGGAGGUCGGCCGUCUCUGACGAGCUAGGCACUCAUGCUAGGUCUUUGAGUGGUGAUGAUUAUCCUGAUAAUGAUACUUACAAGGAUGAUUACAUGGAGAUUGAUAAUGGAUAUGACGAAAAUAAUGGUAGCAAUGGCCGUUCUGGUACAGAUUCUGAGAAUGAAAAAGAUUCUCUUGAGGUACCGGAACCUUCAAGUCCUCAAAGAAGUAUAAACAUGCUUCUGGGGUGUAGAAGUGUGGAUGAGUUUGAGAGACUGAAUAAGAUAGAUGAAGGCACUUAUGGAGUUGUAUAUAGAGCUAGAGACAAGAAGACUGGGGAAAUUGUGGCAUUGAAGAAGGUAAAAAUGGAGAAGGAACGAGAAGGUUUUCCGCUGACAUCUUUGAGGGAAAUAAAUAUUCUUCUCUCUUUUCAUCACCCUUCAAUUGUUGAUGCAAAAGAAGUUGUUGUAGGGAGUAACCUUGAUAGCAUAUUUAUGGUGAUGGAAUAUAUGGAGCAUGACCUUAAAGGCCUCAUGGAGUCAAUGAAGCAGCCAUUUAGUCAGAGUGAAGUUAAAUGCUUAAUGCUCCAGUUAUUGGAGGGUGUCAAGUAUCUCCAUGAUAAUUGGGUCCUUCAUCGAGAUUUAAAAACAUCAAAUUUGCUUUUGAAUAAUCGGGGUGAGUUGAAGAUCUGUGACUUCGGGUUGGCUCGGCAGUAUGGGAGUCCAUUGAAACCAUAUACUCAUCUGGUGGUUACUCUUUGGUACAGGGCUCCUGAACUUCUUUUGGGAGCCAAACAAUAUUCAACUGCAAUUGACAUGUGGUCAUUAGGUUGUAUUAUGGCUGAGCUGUUGUCAAAAGAACCACUUUUCAAUGGGAAAACAGAACUUGAUCAACUUGAUAAGAUUCUCCGAAUACUUGGCACACCAAAUGAGACAAUCUGGCCUGGGUUCUCCAAGUUGCCUGGUGUGAAAGUCAACUUUGUUAAGCAUCAGUAUAACCUACUGCGUAAGAAAUUCCCAGCAACAUCAUUUACCGGAUUACCAGUUCUUUCUGAUUCUGGAUUUGAUUUGUUGAACAAACUUCUAACCUAUGACCCUGAGAAGCGAAUAAGUGCUGAUGCUGCUCUGAACCAUGAGUGGUUCCGUGAAGUUCCUCUUCCCAAGUCUAAAGAAUUCAUGCCUACAUUUCCUGCUCAGCAUGCUCAAGACAGGCGUCUACGAAGAAUAUUGAAGAGUCCAGAUCCUUUAGAAGAUCAGCACAGGAAUGAGCUGCAACAAGGUGAAUUAGGAAAUGGUGGUUUGUUUGGCUAAGAGGCCUUCUCUGCUAAUCUCUGUGCUUUGCUUUCUACAUGACUGACGAAGAAUGAGGUUGAGGUGAGAGAAAGGAAGUUGCGAACAUUGUUUCUCAGACAAUCAUUUGAAACUUUUUUUAGCAGGCUCUGUGAUGAUAUGGGUGGAGUAAUUAUUUUCCUCCUGCCACCCACCUAUCAUGUAGGUUAACUUGAAUCUUCAGCUCCACAUAUAGAAAUUCCCGUGUAUUGCAGGGUGUGGCAUAACUAACAGCCUUUCAUCUUAAACAAUCAGUUUCAGCUGAAACUUGUGUAUGUAACAUUUUCAUUUUUACACUGUAAACAAUCCUAUCAAUUUUGUUUUGAAGUGUAGAUCAGUAUGCAUUUAUCUCCACUAUCAGUUCUGUCAUAUUUUUGAAUAUUCACAUUGUGUUUGCAAGAGAUCGUUGGUGUGAAGUGGAGGAGAGGUUCUUAGCUUUUCAGUGACGAAGAAAUAGACAGUAACCAUAGUACGCAAAAGGUAAUUUAUUGAUUUGAUACUGUGGAAUGUUGUCCCAGAGCGGGAUCAUUGUUUCAUUGUUGAUGGGCUAUGUCUUCAAUGAACACUUGUAGUAGAUAUACUGAGACUCAGCUAUGUUGUUCAUCUGUUGUUUGAGUGUAUUAAUUUUUCUACUAUUUGUACGCAAUUCGUCUCUUAAUCAUCAAUGGAGGAACAGGAGGGAAAACUUAAGACGAAUGGGAAAAUGCUGGUAGCAUGGCAUUCUUUAAACUAUUAUUUCUUUUGUGAACCUCAGUGCGUGCACCAAAAAGGUCACCAAGAUAUUAGCAAUGCCAUAAUUCCUAAGACAAAUAAAUUAUUUAAGAAUAAUAUCUGAAGAACGUGAGCAUUACCAGAACACUCUUCAAUCUUCAAGAUGCUGCUUUAAUUAAUUUUUUUGAGCAUAUCUUUUAAUUGCUUGCAGCCCUAACAAUUCCUUGCUCUCUGCUGUGGAGUUGGUUUGGUUGAGAUUAAUUUCUAAUUGUGCUAUGCAAUUUUGGUCAUAUGUUCAUCUGAUUUGACUAAUGUUUGUAGGAAAUUGCAUUUUAAUAUGUGUUAUGUUUAAUACCAAAAUCUAUACGGCACAGCUUAAUACACUUUUUAGUCCCUUCUUUUUUAAGAUCCAGCAUUUUAUUUGCUGAAUUUCUAAGGGUGACUUUCUUUUUAUUUUUAAAAUUUUGCCUUCAAUAGAAUCAUUAUAUAUCUCAAACAUUGAUGAUUGAUGGGAUGGACUUGAAAAGGGAAGGGCAACCAUCAUUAAUAUGAGUGAAUGAUUAUGUCUCCUUUUGCUUUAUGUUACUUUUUAGCUAAUUGGGAUGGGAAUUUAAGCGCCAAUGCUGAAUGCUUUCAUCUUUUCUUUUUCCUCUCAAAUUGUUCAGAGUACUUGUUUUUUUUUACUAAUUGCUUUAUUGACCAAUGGAUGAUGAUAUUGGAGAUGUUGAUUCACUGUUGCCUAGACAGGGAUAUUACUGUUGGAAGGCUUUUUUCGCAGAGUUCUUUGCCCUCCUCAAUAUUGCACUAUGUCACAGUUCAAUUCUCCUCUUUGGAAAAGCAUGAUCACAAAAAAAAUUUGGUGUUAUUCUAGAACAUAUUGAGGAACUGCAUGCUUUUGUUGAAGAUCAAUUUUGUAUUUUUUUUUCCAGGAUUUGGACUGCUUUUAUAUGGUGGCUUUUAACUCAUAUCUGUAUUAUUCAGUGUACAUGUGUCCUAAUUUCCGUGAUUUCCAUUUCAAUAUAGUUGAUUCACUUCCCUACGAGUGGAAUUGAAUUCUUCAUUAAGUUCUAACACUUGAAAUGUGCUGAAAACAAGCAAAUAUUAGCUUUGUAUUUAUUUGACCAGAUUAAAGCUUUAAGUACCCAGAACCUUUUUAUAACAUUAUCUGUGGAUGUCACUGCAGUAUCAAAGCAAGCAGGUUCAGGAGGUUACCUGCAAACUGGAUUGUAGAACUUCAAUUAUUUGUCUUCAUCACUGGAGGUACAAUACAAACCUUGGUUUGUUAUUUUGCGUCAGUUUUGGUUACUAAUUACUUCAUGCUUAACCUUUACUGUGCUUGAGCUUUUACAUAUAGUAAUGUGCAGGUGGAAUGGUAGUUAGUAAUUUAUAAUUAUUGUUUGCAAGCUUCGUUUUCAGUUGGACAAUUGAAAAUAUAGAUGUUAUUUUAGUUCUGCCAACCCCUUGAAAAGUUGAUAGAAUUGCCAAAGCCGUAGGCUGCUAUUUAAUGGGUGACCUGGCUCCUAUGGUUCUCAUUUUUUAUGGCGGUGUGUGUUGGUUUGGGGGCUCUCUUUGGGGUUGACAGUAUUUGUAAGGGUUGCAUUGGGCUCUGAAUGGGGAACAUCUUUGAGACAAUUGCGCUUCUGUACAGUAACUACUGUUAGAAAUUGAUAUGAUUAAAUUCUUUGGUUUUUUAUUGA